UCUCCCCCCAUAAAAUAAAGUGGAGGGGGAGGGUGCGAGAGAAUCGUGUGACUCCUUCUCUCCCUCUCUCUCUCUCUUCACGCAUUCUUACUGUUACUCCCAUUUCAGUUUCUGUUCCUCCUUCCUCUCUCUUACACGACGCCUGCGCACGCUUAUCAAACCCACUCGGUGCUCUUCCUCUUCUUCUGAUCUUCCGUUGCCUUCUUAUUUCGGUUCAAAUUGAACCCACUCUCGCUCUCCUUCCUUUCAUCUGCCAUGCUUGAUCCUCAAAGGGCAACUCUGUUUCUGCAUUUUGCCCUCGUUUUCCCUUUUUGACUUGGCCCUUCUGUCCUCUGCUUUGUAUUUGAGAGAAAACAGAGGUGGUUUGUUCGGGAACCCUUCUCUCUGUUGCUUUCCUGUGAACGUCUUAAAGAAGUCGCCUUUUCCUCUUAUUUUUUUACUUUGUGGUCCUUCUGAGCCUUUGCCGGGUUCACUCGACAAUGAGCACUCAACACUUGAAGAGCAGUGCGGGUGGCCUUUCCCUCUCUUACAAAUUUGGCCGUUUGGACCACCGAGAGCCUGAAAAUCCAGACAUGGGUCUUCAGAUCCUGAGCCCUUCGUGGGAGAGAGCUGAAAACUCGUAGCAAUCCAAAAGCCAAAUGCGAGAAACGGCUGCAUUUUAGGACUCGAGACAAGAGGUUCGGUCUUGGUUUUUUCAGGGGAAGCAGAGGAACAGAAAACGCAGUCCCUUUGCGCUAAAAGUGGAGGAGGGCACACCAAGCUUUGCGCAAGAGGCCACUGGAGACCAGCUGAGGAUGCCAAGCUCAAAGAUCUUGUUUCGAGAUUCGGACCUCAAAAUUGGAACUUGAUCGCCGAACACCUUCAAGGAAGAUCAGGGAAAAGUUGCAGGCUCAGGUGGUUCAACCAGCUCGAUCCGCGAAUCAACAGGAAAGCUUUCAAUGAGGAAGAAGAGGACAGGCUCCUGGCCGCUCACAAGGCGUACGGGAACAAAUGGGCCAUGAUUGCCCGGUUAUUUCCCGGACGCACUGAUAAUGCAGUAAAGAACCACUGGCAUGUGAUCAUGGCCAGGAGGCAGAGAGAACAGUCCAAUGUGUACCGGAAGAGAAAGCCACCGUCUCAUCUCCGUCAUCGCCCUGAUCAACAUGAUCAGCACGCUCAAGCCCUGCCCAAGGGACUUGAUCCUUCUUCUUCGACGACUCUCUCGAGCAAUGUGGAUGAAUCUGACUCCACCUGCACUGAUCUCUCCCUCACUCCCUCUUCGGCCAUGUCUUCUCCUCCCUUCUUCUCCGGUUCAUCUGGCAAGACGGCCGCGGUCGACAAUGUGACCUCUGACAAGUCCUCUUUAACUCGAAACGGCUUCCAUUUUCCUGGACCGGGAGUGAUCAACCCAGGGGGCCUGGACUAUCAUCAUCAACAUCACAACUCUGGCAGUUCAUCUGAUUCAAACUCAGAAGUCUCAGCCCCUGAAUCAGUUGCCGCCCCCACCACCAAUAGCAACAAGAUGAGCCCCCCGAGCUUCAUAGAUUUUCUGGGAGUGGGAUCUACUUGAAAGUCUGGUGGGCGACUCUCUCUCUUUCUCUCUCGCUCUCUCGGUAUUCCAUUGGGUAGAGAGCGACUGAACUGGAGAGACUAAAAGAAAGCUGGGAAGAAAAAAAGAAGCUAAGAAACAUCAAACCAGAGGAGGGAGAAAGGAAGGGCCAGUGAGAUGAGAUGGUCCGGCUGGGUUUCUUCAUUUAGUAACUGAUGAACGACCCUUAUUUGGGUUGAAUCUUGAACAGCAUGUGAAGAGACAACAUGCUGCUGCUGCAAAAAGGGGCCAUCUUCCCAGUUUCUUUUGUGUACAGAGUUAGUAUUUCCAUAAACAGAAAAAGAAAAAAAGAGAGAGAGAGAGAGAGACAAGAAGAGAGAGAGAGAGAGGGGAGGGGCUUGAACGAGAGCAUUAAAUGAGAGACUGAAAAAGAUUAGGGGGAACUGAGAACUGAGGGGUGACACGGGGAGAGGGGGUUUGAUUUGAUCAAAAUCUGAGGGGUGGUGCUGUUAUGAGGAUCUGGUAGGACACAAGAAUAGGUGGGAAAGAACCCAAAAGCCGAAAGCCCGAAAAGACUUGUCUUUUAACACCUCCUCGUGAUUGCGAAACUGACCUGUGAAUAUGCAAAGGGCUUCGCCUGGUCGUCUUUCCUGACUUUUGAAGGCAGUCGUUGGGUUUUUCUGGUA